CAGGGAUCGCACAACCGAUAAAUUAGGCCUUCUGCGCAACAAAGACGCCCAUCCUUUUGCCGAUACAUAGGAGUAGCUCCGCGUUUACAUAGCAAUGGAGACAUUGUAGUUAAAAGAUUUAGUCAUAAAAAGAAUAAUUUCUUUUAAAAUUAUAUAAAAUAUUCUAUAUCAUAACGAUUGAAAGUGUUUAGAGGACACAAGGAGUCAUUUAGAUGGGGCUUUGCUACCUGCCAUGCUCUCGACAAACCCGGAGUCGCUGACUACACUGCUACCUAAACACCAAAUUACUUAUAAUUUAGGAUAAAAUAUUUCAUAAAUUGUGGAACGUGAUAAUUCCACAAUAUGAGAAUACAGAAUAGAAUGUUACAGGCUAUCAUAAAGCCACACGCAGGAUACUGGACUCGCAAAAAUUAAAGCAUUGUGCCUAUAAGAAAAGCGAGCCAUUGUAUGUUGUUGAAUCUGAACCUUGGGGGUUUGGCCAGAUAUCACAUCGUUUACACUUCCAAGAUAACCAGAUUACGGAUGAUAUCUUUAAAACUUGACAAUGCCUCCUAUUGACCCACACCAACUACUGAAGGCACUUAGCUCCUUGUUGACACAAAAUGGGGCAAUAAAGGGACCCACCGAGUCCACCCGAAUAUGCAGUUUAAUGCGAGAUGUCACCAAGCUAGCGAGUAAAUGUGUAUACAUUAAUAUUCUACGGACCACAGAGACUCCAGAUGUCCUAGAGAAAUUUAUAGAUGUUGGAGGAUGGGACAUUCUCAACGUGUGGUUGGAGGAUAGUAAAAACACAGAGAACACCCCCAUCCUUGUAGAGUUGCUUAAGGUGUACCAGCAGCUCCCAAUCACCGUAGACCUCCUCAAAAAGAAUGGCGCUGCCAAGACCAUCAAACAGUUACGCAAGUCUGAGGAUGAAAUGUUGAAGUCCCUGUCUUCAGAAAUUGUUGAGAAAUGGAUGAAUAAAAUCAGAGAAAACAGUAAUAACAAGGAGGCUGUGGAGUCAAAUGAAAAAAUAAGGAAAAAGAAGAAGAGUGAAAAAAGUGAAAAAAGUGACAAAAGUGACAAAAGUGAUAAAAAAGACAAUGAAAAGGACAAACAAAAGGAGAAAGAUAAACAUAAACAUGUGUCGUCAUCAUCUCACCAUCAUCAUCAUCACCAUAGUAAGGAGAAGGGCGAGAAUAGCAUACACAAGGAAGAAAAAUCUGACUCUGUCAGUGUAGACAAUCUUAGUACAAACACUGCCACUGGCACGGUCACGCCAGGAAAUGGACUUAAAAUACACAUCAAACUAAAACGCAAUGAUGAUAGUGUUAAACCACCUGAGCAGAAGAGGCCUUCUACUGUGAAACGACCAAAUGUCAAACCGCGUUCUAGUGGUGUGAUAGAGGACAGUGGGCCAGUAGUAGCACCAAAGAAAAAAGUACUGACACAGACAGCGUCAGACAGUAAACCUGCAAUCAAAAGACCGGGACCUGACCAAAAGAUAAAAGAAGAACCACCAUGGAAGAAAUCUCGUCUACAUUUAACGACACCGGUCCCAUCCAGCUCUCCGACGGAUAAAUCUCCAACGAUAGUGUCACCAGGAGACAUACAUAAUCAGAUCAAAUUCCCUUUCCAGAAACCAAUUAAAUCUGAGAUGCAUGAAGACAAUAGUUUUAUAAAUGACAUCAUUAGACCAAUAGGGAGGAUCAAGAGGAAGCCACGCCCUGGGGUGAAUGGAACCACGCCCACUAAAACUAUCCCAGGCAUACCCACCACACCUCCAUCACCUGUAUCCCCCACCACGGCUCUCAAGUCUACUCUUCCUUCUGUACCCUCAUUUUACAAAGAAACAUUAGAAACAAGUGAAACCAAUGCUGUAAAUGGUACCAGCCCAACAGAAAUAAGAAGUCCAUCCCCCACAGAAAAGAUGGACACCACAGAAACUAAAGAAAAUGCCGACAGUAAUAUGGAAACUGAUGAUAAAGAAUCCAAUACUGAAACAGAGACUGAAAAUAAGGAAAAUACAGAGAAUGCAGUGGAUGAUUUUGGAGCGAGUUUACAAUCAACCGAGACCACAACCAAAAAGAAGAAGAAGAGACUGAAAGUAUCGUGGGCAGAAGAAAGCAAACUUCACCAAUAUCAUUAUUUUGAAAUGGAUGAAACAGAAAGAGAAAAUGUCAACAAACCAAAGGAGAAUUUUGAUGAUCUUAAGAAGCAUGAGAUGAUGAUGGACAGAAGGGUUGCUGAAUCGGCCAAAAGAUUUACAAAUGACAACAUGCAGGAAGCUAUUCCUUGGAGGAUGCCUUUCCUGAUAUCUGGUCUCCCCCCACCUCCUACUGAGAGAGGUUCCCAGAGUGUGGAGAAAGAUGUACAGAAGGAGAGGGAAGGUGUGGUCUUACAAGCACUUUUCUUCAACAAGGAGAUGCUCCCUGAUGGACCAAGUGAACCAGAUGUAGAGUCAGUGGAGCCUUCUGAUCCCAAGUUCAUUCCACUCGAAGAUGAGACAUCGGGAGGUGAAGAGUUUAUUUAUAAUUAUGACAACCCUGGCCAGAAAGCUGUCCCAGAGGGUCAGGCUCCAUUCCAGCUGCCUCCAGAUGUGGCAAAUAUGCUGGCCAACUUCCACCAACAGGCUGCCAACGCACAAACACCGAUGGACCCUAACAAUCCAGUGUUGGCUAAUGUCCAGAAUCUUCUGACAUCCAUAUCGGGUGAAACCAAGGAUCCUUCUAAGGCUGAAGCAGCAUUGGAGCAGCUAAAGACUGUCCUCAACAACCCAAGUGUGAUGCCCGAGACCCUGGGUAUGGGGAUCUCUGGAGGGAUGUCCAUGAGUGGAAUGCCACCAAGAUUAGGUCUACUUGGAAAUGCCCCACCAGGCUUCCCCAUGGGUAUGGGAGGACCCCCAGGAGCCCCCAGAUUUCCACCUCCAGGACCAGGCAUGGGUGGGCCACAUUUAGGCCCUGGGGAUCAUGAUGACUGGGGUGAGAAUAUGGUUGGUGGCCCCCGUCCGGGUAUGAGGGGCCGUGGCCGACCAGGCAUUCCAAUGAGAGGUGGCAGGAUGCCAGGGCCACCACCUGGAGGACCAGAAUUUGGGCCAAUGGGACCAGAAUUUUGUGGAACUGAUGUACCACCUCCAGGAUAUAUGGGACCAAGGGGUGGCCCUAGAGGAAGGGGCAUGAGAGGAGGGCCAGGCCGCAUGAGAGGAGGUCGACCAGAUUUGCCAGUCUGCCGCCACUAUGCUGCAGGAGGAUGUCGGAGGGGAGCUACAUGUAUGUUCUUACAUCCUGGUCCUCCAGUAUAGCCGCAGGGGAUCUUAGUGUGAACCUUAUUCUUCCAAUUAUAACUGCCUGCCAAAGGUUGUAUGUAGAUUUCCAAUUACUGAACAAGAGCCUGUCAGGGUCCAGGGAUGUAUGGAGAACGAGACCCUUCCGGAUCCAGGGAUGUAUGGAGAAUGAGACCCUUCCAGGGAUGUAUGGAGGUUUCCAAUUAUUGAACGAAUGGCUGAUACGGAUGUGUGGAAAUUUCCAAUUACUGAACAAAUGCCUGAUAGGGAUAUGUGUGGAAAUUUCCAAUUACUGAAUGAGUGCCUAUAAGGGAUGACUGCCUACAAAGGACAAAUGCUUGCCAGGAAUGUGUGGAGAUUUCUAAUUAUUGAACAAGUGCCUGCUUGGGUUGUGUGGAGAUUUCCAAUUAUUGAACGAGUGUCUGCCAUGGAUGACUGCCUGCCAGGGAUUUGGAGAUUCCUAAUUACUGAAUGACUGCCUCUGCAGAGAUAUAUAUGUGGAUCUACCUGUCAGGAAUCCUUGUGAUAACUGAAGAUGGACAGCGUGGUUGCUGGGAAUUUGAUAUGAUAUAUACAGAUGUGAUAAGAGAUAUAUAUGUGGACAUUAGAUCAGCAGUCAUGUGAUGCCUGUUUGUAAUUACUGCACAAGAUGCAGAUUUUGACUGAAGUUGAACUGACAGUGCUAAAGAAGGAGUGAGAAUUCUUGUAUUAAGCAUGAACUCAGCGGUGCAUAUACACUGAAACUGCCAAAAUGAACCUUUCCUGGUAAUGUGUUGACUUAUUCAAAACAUAUACAUUACUGUGAAAUAUAACUUUUCCUCAACUACUGGAUUAAUAGCAGAUGUGCCUUAGGUCUAAAAAUCAGGAUGGUUUGGCGAAAGAAGGACACAAUUGUCAUGAAGCAGUAGUUAAGGUGUGAAGAAAAAAAUGUUUUAAUUUUUUUCAUGUACAAGCCAAAUAAAUAUCUCAGGAAUGCA